AAGUGAUUGCAGAGUAACGUUUCUAACGAUGAUCAUACAAGUAUUCUGAUAUUUCUUUGUGCAUAAACAGAACGUGUGCAAAAUCACAAAAUACACUUUCAAAGGAGUAACUAAACAACUGAAAACAGGCACUCUCUCUGCUCUUUACUGCUGCAUGAGAGCACAAGGCAGGCACAAACCUGGCACAAACCAAACCCAGAGAAAGAUUUGCGACGAGUGGGGUCUUCACGCUGUAGAGUUUGCGACGGUGCCCUCAACGGCAAUGGCGAGCGUGACGGAUAGCGGCAGUGAGAAGAUGGCGGAGGAAGAACGGAAUGCCAAUGCCGAGAAACUCAAGGAGAAGGCCAAUAAUUACUUUAAAGAAAAAGACUAUGAGAACGCAAUCAAGUAUUACACGGAGGCGAUCGAGCUUAACCCCACCAAUGCCAUCUACUUCAGCAACCGCAGCUUGGCCUACCUGCGCACCGAGUGCUAUGGCUACGCCCUGGCCGACGCCACCAGGGCGCUGGAGGCGGACAAGAACUAUAUCAAAGGCUACUACCGACGGGCCACUUCGAACAUGGCGCUGGGCAAGUUCAAGGCCGCGCUCAAGGACUACGAGACGGUAGUAAGGGUGAGGCCCAAUGACAAGGAUGCCAAGAUGAAGUACCAGGAGUGCAACAAGAUUGUCAAGCAGAAGGCCUUCGAGCGGGCCAUCGCCAGUGACGAGCUUAAGAGAUCGGUGGUCGACUCCUUAGACAUCGAAAACAUGACAAUUGAGGACGAGUACACGGGCCCCAAACUAGAGGAAGGGAAAGUCACGUCGAAGUUUAUGAAGGACCUAAUGGACUGGUUCAAGGACCAGAAGAAGUUGCACAGAAAGUGCGCCUACCAGAUGCUGAUCCACGCUAAAGAGCUUUUAUCCAAACUUCCUAGUCUUGUUGAGAUUACACUUAAAGAGACAGAGAAAAUCACCGUUUGCGGUGACACACAUGGUCAGUACUAUGACCUCCUCAACAUUUUUGAGCUGAACGGUUUACCAUCUGAGACCAACCCCUACCUGUUUAACGGGGAUUUCGUUGACCGCGGCUCGUUCUCGUUAGAGGUCAUCCUCACACUCUUCGGCUUCAAGCUGCUCUAUCCCGACCACUUCUUCCUGCUGAGGGGUAACCACGAGACGGACAAUAUGAACCAAAUGUACGGCUUCGAGGGUGAGGUGAAGGCCAAGUACACGGCACAGAUGUUCCAGCUGUUCAGCGAGGUCUUCCAGUGGCUGCCACUUGCACAAUGCAUCAACGGCAAAGUGCUGGUCAUGCACGGAGGCCUGUUUAGUGAGGACGGCGUCACCUUGGACGACCUGCGAAAGAUCGAGAGGAACAGACAGCCUCCAGACUCCGGUCCCAUGUGUGACCUCCUGUGGUCGGACCCACAGCCUCAGAACGGCCGCUCCGUCAGCAAGCGCGGCGUGAGCUGCCAGUUUGGGCCGGACGUGACGCAGCGCUUCCUGGAGCAGAACAAGCUGGACUACAUCAUCCGCAGCCACGAGGUCAAGGGCGAAGGCUACGAGAUCACCCACUCAGGGAAGUGCAUCACCGUGUUCUCAGCGCCCAACUACUGUGACCAGAUGGCUAAUAAAGGAGCCUAUAUCCACCUCAAGGGAUCUGAUCUCAAGCCAGAGUUUCACCAGUUCACUGCUGUGCCUCAUCCGAAUGUCAAGCCCAUGGCGUACGCCAACACCUUGAUGCAGCUGGGAAUGAUGUAGAGGCCACGUCGCGUCUGUCCGAGUCUUCGUCUCAGUCUGCUGGACCCCAGUUGGACAGCAGCUGGUCACCUGCUCUCUCCUCCGUGCACUCUAGCCCCUCCCCCCCCUUCUGCCCCACCCUCCCACCGUCACCAACCUCCCAGACAGUCCCUGCAGCCACUAGACACACUCUCAUUCCAGGUUUUGCAGUAGUGGGGUCUCUAGAACACACACACACACACACACACACACACACACACUCACACUCCCACACACACGCACCCACACACAUUCACACUUAAACACACACAAUCUCCCACACACUGACACACACACUUGCAUAAACAAGACACAACAACAUAGACAAAGGUGUGUACGCACACAUAUACCAGGCUCAGUUUACAUAUUGUUUUGUUUCUGGAUGCUGGGGUGCUAACUCUGAGUAGCCGAGGGUUUGGGAUUGUGCUUAUCAAAGCUGUAUUGGCAAAGUAGGAAUCAGCCCUUGUUUGUCAGUAUACACCAGAGUAUGGAGGGGUGUGGGGGACAUAGUCAAUUUGUCUUUUCUCCCUCUCUUUCUUUCUUUCUUUCUUCCCUCUCUCUCUCUCUCUCUCUCUCUCUCUCUCUCUCUCUCUCUCUCUCUCUCUCUCUCUCGCUUGUGCCCUCUCUUAUCUUCUGAACUCAUUUGGAGCUGCUAGGUUUUUUCUGGUCUCAUUGCUAGACGUACUCCGCUGUGACGUUACACAGCCAGAGCUGGAUUGUACCAAAGAUCUGAUGUGGAUUUAUGGGGAAGUGAAGAUCAGAUCCCUUUCCUUAAACUGACGCCUGACACCCCACCCCUCCCCACCCCAUCCCAAUUCCCUCCCUCCAUCCAAUCAUCCUUCCGUUCAUCCUUCCGUUCAUCCACCCUUGUCCAAUCGUACUCCAGGCUCUCCUAAAACCCUGCUCAUCCCAGCCCUGCAGAGAGAUGGAGGGAUGUGUGUCUGUGAUUCCGCAGCUUUCAGAGCCAUAAUUUGCUGCCAGCACUUCUUUUUUUUUGAUUGAUUGACUGCAAUUAAACUAAACCUGUGCUUUCGGUGUUACCAAGUUCACCAAGUCAUCUCAGGAGAAUGUUAGACACACACAUGCGUGCGUGCGCACACACACACACACAGACUCGGCUGUUUUGUUUUCCUCGAGAGUUGGUAUCUGCUCAGCUUGACCUCCACUCCUCCUCCUCCUUGUUGUUUUGGCUCUCGGUCACGCAAGAGAGGUGUUUUGUUUUUCUCCAGUCAUUGUGGUGAGACGAUAGGCCAGAACACACCCACUCUGGGCCAGAAGCCCAGACGACACAACUGACCAUCUUUGUAGUAGCACUUAACAGCACUUGGCGCGGCCGCCGGCCACCUCUGGAACCAGCUCUCUGGGUCAGCACAGUAUUAACCACUGAGUCCAUCUCCGUUCUGUUGGCAGCUAUCACACACAUCUCUCGUCCUCCCUCCCUCCCUCCUUCCUUUCUGCCUUCCUCACUUUUCCCCCUUUUCAUCCUCCUUUGUUUCUCUUCCGUAUGCACCGAUGAUGCUCUUCGACCCUCAGUGUAUAUGUGUGUGUUCAACAGUGUCCUCAGCAGUAAAUGUACCAAUAUAGACAAAUGAGCAGACGUCCAGAGACCUACCCCACCAGCCACACCCUCCCUCAAUAUCUCUCUCUCUCUUCUCUCCUUAUCUCUCUGUCUCUCUUAAAAAGCGCACAGCAGUUGUUCCCCAUGCUCCCCUUUUUAGAUAAUAUUAUAUACACAAAUGUGUAUGUAUAUAUACUGUAACAUUAAAAAAAAUUCCUGUGUACAUGUUUGAAAAAAAAAGUUAUUAAAAAAAACACCAGUCCAUUGAU